UUUGGGAGACAGAAACCCUCCGCAGCACAUGUUGCGGUGUCUCUCAGUCUCCAGCUUCACACUGCUAAGCUGGCAAGAUGGCGUCGGAACCGACCAAGGCUGAAAUUCUUACAGUUUUUAAAAGACUGCGCUCGAUUCCCACCAACAAGGCCUGCUUUGACUGCGCUGCUAAGAACCCGAGCUGGGCCAGCAUUUCUCACGGGGUUUUCCUUUGCAUCGACUGCUCAGGGAUCCAUCGUUCUCUGGGCGUCCACCUGAGCUUCAUUAGAUCCACAGAGUUGGACUCUAACUGGAGCUGGUUUCAGCUGAGAUGUAUGCAGGUUGGAGGAAAUGCCAAUGCGAUGGCUUUUUUCCGUCAGCAUGGCUGCACUACCAACGACACCAACGCGAAGUACAACAGCCGUGCGGCGCAGAUGUACCGGGAGAAGAUCAGACAGCUAGCCAGUGCAGCGCUCUCCAAAUACGGCACUGAUCUAUGGAUCGAUAAUUCAGGAAACACCCCGACCCCAGCACCAGAGAAGAAAGAGACUGAUUUCUUUGACGAACACACUCAGGCUGGCAACAGUUGGGACAUGGCCUCUCCUUCACUCUCAGAGCAGAACGGAAUGGUCACCAUUACUCCUCAGCUGGAGCAGGACGGCCCCAAAGUGUCAGAGUCUGUUUCCACCCUACUUGAGGAAGGACCCAGCAUUGAGGGACUGACCACGGAUGCAAAAGCCACUAUAGACAACUCGAUGAGAUUGGCGUCUGACGAGCCACAGCCUCUUAAAGAAGCGAGACCUUCCAUUAUUGGAAAGAAGAAGCCGGUUGCUGCAAAGAAAGGGCUCGGGGCUAAAAAGGGUCUUGGGGCCCAGAAAGUGAGCAGCAAGAGCUUCAGUGAGGUGGAGAAGCAAGCACAGGUGGCCGAAAAGCUGCGAGAGGAGCAGGCUGCCGAGGCUAAGAAACAGGCCGAGGAGUCAAUUGUGGCCUCAAUGCGCCUGGCCUACAAAGAGCUGGAGAUUGACAGGAAGAUGGAAGAGAAGAGGCUGCAGAACCUGGAGGGGAAGAAGAGGGAGCAGGCUGAGAGGCUUGGCAUGGGCUUAGGAACCAGGAGUGUUGUGUCACACUCUGUGAUGUCAGAGAUGCAGGUGAUUGAGCAGGAGACCCCCGUGAACUCAAAGUCCUCCUCUCGCUCCAGACUGGACAUGUUUGAUGAGCCUGGGUUUACCUCCGGACCACCAAAGUACAAGGACAACCCCUUCACUACAGGAGACAGCUUUGGCUCACGGUGGGAUUCGGAUUCAGGCUCCGCCUCCUUCUCCUCCUCCUGGGCUCUAGAGAAGGAGGAGCCCAAAGAGACUGAAGUCACCAUCUCCAGCAUCCAGCCAAUUGGGGAAAGGUUGCCCAGCAGAAGGAAGCCGGACGCUUCUGUGCACGUCGCAGAAUCCAGCGAGGCACGGCAGAAGUUUGCUAAUGCUAAAGCGAUCUCGUCUGACAUGUUCUUCGGCCGUGAGAGCAAUGCUGAGUAUGAGGCCAAGGCUCGCCUGGAGGCCAUGUCCAGCAGCACAUCUAUUAGCUCUGCUGAUCUGUUUGGAGAGGGAAGCAGCCGCUCUUCAGGGGCAUCAGGAUUUGACAGUGUGCUUCCCUCUGGACCGGAUAUGGCCCAGUUUAAGCAGGGCGUGAAGACGGUGGCUGGAAAAAUGGCCGUGCUGGCUAACGGGGUUAUGAACACCAUUCAGGACCGCUAUGGCUCCUACUGACAAGAAUGCAUGAUUUGAACAGGAAAGGAAAUGACAUCAAACAGGACAUACCACACUGCUGACUGGAUCAGGCUUUGUUUUUUUUUUUUUUCCUCUAAUGCAUUGUACCUGAAGCACAGAGGGAGAUAAUUCAGAAACAGAAAGAAAAGGAGGAGACGGCACAACGCAGGACCUCCUUAUCUCUUCUCCCAGUCUGCCUACAGGCCUUUGUAGAUUCUCUCACACACACUCUGACUGACAGUAUUUCAGUUUUCUUUCUUUUUGGAAAUGUUUUUUUUUUAUUUUCCUCAAAGAUAUAGAAAGUGUGUUUUUCAGAACCACAGUGCUUUCUGUUGAAACUAACCAUGCUGGCUUUUUUUAUGCCAUAUUUCUGGUCUGAGAUUUCAUAGAAUUGAUUUAAGUAUUCUCUAUGAAAUAUGUAUAACCAAACUUAUCCUUAGCUCUUCAAUGUUUUCAUCGCUUUUUUUGUAUUUAAGUGGUAUUAUAUUCUUCAUGGGCAUGUGCAUUCAUGAUUAGUACAUUCACCUCACACAGAAAGGGAACCAAGAUGGUUUUUUUUUAGUUCAUUUGGAAGUCUGUGGUCCAGUGACUGACUAAAAAUAGAUAUUGCCCUAAACUGAAUGAGAGAGGUAGCUCUAGUUCGGGUUCUACCAAUUUGAGAUGGUUCGAAUGUUAAUUAGGACGAAGAAUGAGCUGAUGUGCAAUAUGUCACCCUCGUUUGUGAAGGUGGACACAUCGGAUUUUACUGUCUGAAAACCAUUUUGAAAAACGUUGCGGUUUUGUGAUACUUCUCCAAGCAUGCUCGUUCAGGCCCGUGAUCGUAAACCUCCUUUCAAAGCCUCAAAACAAACCUCGAGUUGUCAUACUUUUAACAAGCUGCAGAUCUUAUCGAUGCAGGAAUCAGAUUCACAGACAUGAUGAGGCAUCUGCAGCUGCUUACAUGUGCAUCAGUUCUUAGACUGGUGUGAAUUUUAAUGAUUUAAAUAGGAUUAAAAAGAACUGAAUAAUUUUGACAAAUCCUUAUGUGAUCCUUCCUGAUACAUGCAUUACAAAAGGUGUUUUUUUUUUUCCCCCUUUUCGAUUAAAACUUGACUGUGUUAAGGAGUUAUCUGUGUGCUCUUGAGAAAAAUCUCAACUUCCAUUCUUGAAAUUUGUCUGCCUGUCCCUUUGUGUGAAAUUAAAAAAAAAAAAAUAAAGGAUGUUAAUUCGACUUCACCUGAAAA